AUGGAUUCGGACUCUGAUGACGAGUAUUGGGGGACAUACCAGCGCUUGCCACAGGAGACAACGCGCCUCCCUUUCUCAUCGUUUAGCAGUCAAGGUGUGAGUCAGAGUCUUGAUUUUUCAUGGAAUGAUCCAUGCGGGUCAGCGAAGCUCAGUGCUGGAAGCAUUGGCAGCACUCCAUCGAUCUUCUCGCAGGAGACAGUUGAAUUGGAGCCUGGUGCCUUGAUUUCGGUAGGCAGCCGCUGUUUUGAGCUUCAUGACCUGCUUGGAGUGGGAAGCUUUGGAUCAGUUUGGUGUGCAACUUGCCACACUUCUGGGGCAACAGUGGCCCUGAAGGAGAUUUUGAGUUUAAACAAAGAGUCCAUGGAGGCAGCAAAGCUGGAGGCUCAGCGCCUUCAUGCUCUUCACGAUGUAAUUCAGGAUAGAAGUGGCUGUGCAGCCCUGCCUAACCUCCUAGCCGCUGCUACUGCAACUCACGGCAACGGCUACCGAACUGUUAUGGUAAUGGAGCAAAUCCCAGGAGAGCCCUUGCGGCAGGCACUCGAGGGUGGGCAACUUUUGGUACCCAGGGGCGAUCCAAUGGCUCAGGCCGUCUACUUUGCGAGUGAGAUGCUAAGGCAGCUGGCCAUGGUGAUGCAUCCUUUGAGCAAGCGUUUCUUACACCGCGAUGCAAAUUCCCAGAACAUACUUGUACAGGCAUCUUCAGGGCAAUACCACUUUGGUUUGAUCGACUUUGGCUUGGCAGUCGAUGCCAUGUCUUGGAGUUGUGGUGGGUGGAGAGGAUAUGGUGCUUCAGGGGAUGGUCGCUUCUGGACAACAUCAUCUUGGAUGUUGUUUACCAGCGGUCCAGAAGCUUUGGACAGUGCCUGUGAGGACUUACAAUCCGAGUACACUUUGCGAACGGAUCUUCACUCUGUAGGCCUCAGUGCGCUACAAGCUUUGGUGGUUCUCAGCGAGGACGCUGACUGGCUGAACAACCACGGAGAGGUGGCAAUGGAAUCAUUGCGGAACCUUCGUGAAGCUUGGAAGCAAUAUUGGUGCUAUGCAUCUUCUUGCUGGGAAAGAGUGUUAGAUGCCUUCAAUCGGGACGCGCGCGGAGCGAUCAAGAUGCAGCUUCGACAGGAGCUGGUGCACGAGACCUUUGCAGCCCAUUUUACCAAAUUGCACGAAUGUCUUCUGCAGGUCCGUUCUUCGCUUUAUGCGUCAAAGGAAUGCAGAGGUGGAAAGUUGGGAGAUCGUUGCUUGGCGCUGCGAGUGGUUGAGGCACUAUUGCAUAUGAUCAGCACUGGUAGGCGGUGGACAGAUGGAUGCGGUGCUUGGGAACAGGUUUUGGAGCUCAUGUGCGAGACUUCUCAAACGUGGACAGGUUCGGAGCACAGCCAGAAAGAACGUAUGGCUUUUGUGGAUGAGGUGCUACGCAUAGAAGCUCCUGGCAGAUGA